CUCUUUCACACCAGUCUUCCUCUGCAUCGCUUCCAAACAUCUUCCUCUCUCUCUCUCUCUCUCCCUCUGUGAGAAUGGCUUCCCCUGCCAACAUCAGACUUCUUUGGUUUGAGGUAGCUUUCCUUCUGAUAGCUAAGUUAUGCAUCUGUGGAGUUUCAGCCGAUGGCCUGGAGGAUCCGGUCCAGAUAGUUGCCAGGGCAUUGGCCUGCUUCGAUGAUCGUGUGGUUUAUAGCCGGUGCGACUAUCAGUACCGGUUAUCGGUAAGCGGCAACCUCAACAUACCGGAAGCCCAGACCGACGCCUACUGCAGCGGACCUUGCCUUGAGGAAACCGAUCUGGUGCUCCAUUGUGUGGACCAGAUCAUGGACAACUUUCUGUUCUACAACAGAGCCACCAUUCGAGACAUAAGGGACACCGUUCAUGAUGGGUGCGGCCACUCAAGGUGGAGAGGAAACUUCAAUGUGUUUGACCACAUGAGAGAAGAUGAAAGCAAAGGAACCAGAAGUAUGCAACAAAGGGGUUCUCUGCUGCUCACAUUGCUUGGUCUCUCUUUGACAGUACCACUGCUGCUCAGUUGCGGCUAAGCAAACAAGGGCGGUGAAUCUCAACCCACCCAGGGUUUCCUUUAUAUAUA